UAUGUCGGCGGCUCCAUCAAGAAAUUCAAAAAGAAGUUCUUCUUCAUUAUAUUUCUUUAGAUUACACAAGUACAACUAAUCAAGGUCUUCCAGGUCCAGCAAGUUAUGAACCUAAAAUGGAAGUUUCACAUGUAAACGCACCAAAAUGGACAAUGAGUGGAACUAACUCUAGAGAAAUCCCCAUCAUUAAAAACCUUCCAGGUCCAGGAUAAUAUGACAUUAGAUUACCAGAAUCUUAAAGAAAGACUUUAAUUUAUGGAAAAGCUUAUUAAAUAGAUAAGGAAUCAUAAUAAAAGCCUGGUCCAGGAACCUACAAAGUUGAAAUCUCAUAACUCUCAAGAACAGGAUUCAAAAUUGGAAGCGAAAAAAGGUAUAAGGAUGAAAAAAAACUAUCACCAGGACCUGGGGAUUAUCAUAUAAUAAUGAAAAAUCAUGUUACUUCAUAUAUAAUUGGAUAAUAGACAAGAUCAGGAAAAAUAUAUAGUAAUCAUGUAGGUCCUGGACAAUAUGAAAUUCCAUCUUUAUUAAGAACUGAUGGAGGAUUUAAAAUGGUUCCUCGUAGAGAAAAAACUAUAUCAAUGAUUACACCUGGUCCUGAUGCAUAUGAAUAACUAAGACAAGAAAGAGUAAAGUCAUUUAAAAUUGGGACUAGCAAAAGAGAGGGGAUUUUUUAAAAGUCAACUUCUCCAGGUCCUGCAAAUUAUGAUGUCUAAACAAUCAAAGAAAGUGUAGGAUAUACAAUAGGCAAAGGAUAAAGAUAAGAUACGAAACUUGAUGUACUGCCAGGACCAGGAAGUUAUAAGCCUAAUAAACCUAGCAAUGCACCUAAAUACUCAAUCUAUUAGAGAUAUAGAGAGAAGACUGAUAAUUCAGGUCCUGGACCAUAAUCAUAUACAAUAGGUGAUUUUAGAGAAACAAAAAGCAUUAUAUUUGGACAAGCUAAAAGAGAUAGUUACAAUAAGAUAUAGAUACCUGUAUAUAAUAAUAUAUGAUGAAUUAUAGGGACCAGGAGAAUAUGAUACAGAUCUAAAAGUAAAGAAACCUUAAGUAAGUAUUGUAUUUGGAAGAGAGAAGAGAUCUCAUAGUUGUUCUGAAAAUACAAAAUUGCCUGGACCAGGUGCAUAUGAUAUAACAUCCACUUUUUUUGUUAAAAAGAAAUGA